CAAUUUUUUUCUGCAACCCAUAAGAAAAUCUUUGAAAAUGACGAAUUUUAAAUGAAAACAGCGACCAAAGAGAGCGCAUCGUGAUGCCGGAGACUUAAUAAACCGCUCCGAAAUAAAGUGCAAUUAAAAUACAUAGUUUUAUACAACGGAAACCGGCUGGCGAGCGGAAGAAAGAAUAACCAUCCACUCCACCAGCAUUGUUCUAAAUGACGAAAAGUUUAUUACUCAUUAAAGCAAAAGCAUUUGUGUGCCUAGUUAGUUAAUUAAUCAAAGUCGGACGAUGAACUUGACGUACUUGUUCGUGCUCAUUUGGCUGGCCUUCCUCAUUAGCAGCGGUGUGCUGCUUUUCUCGCGCGGAUUCCUGCUGGCCCGUGUCUCAAAAACUGAGACGAGCACCUGCCGCCGAUUGUCCACUAAUCCCAAUGCUGAGUACGUCCUCACCGAUGAGGUUGUGAACGAGAUUUUCAAGGAUGUCAACGCCUCCUCCAAUCUGUGUCUUCCGCAAAAAUCGAAGGUCAUUGUCCUGGUUGUGGAUGCCCUGAAAUACGAAUUUGGCCUAUACAAAGAGAACGUCAACGAUCCUCUGCCCUAUGAAAACAAAUUGGUUGUGCUGCAGGAGCUGCUGAGGGAGAGCCCCGAUCACGCUCGGUUGAUGAGAUUUAGGGCGGAUCCGCCCACCACCACGUUGCAGCGUCUGAAGGGACUCACCACCGGCAGCCUGCCCACUUUUAUAGACAUCGGCUCCAACUUUGCCUCGCCGGAGAUCAACGAGGACAAUGUCAUCGACCAAAUUGUCAAGAGCGACCUGCCGCUGGUCUUCCUGGGCGAUAGCACCUGGACGGAUCUGUAUCCGCGCCGCUUCAAGCGCUCCUACUCCUAUCCCAGCUUCGAUAUAUUCGAUCUGGACAGCGUGGACAAUCAGAUACUGAAGCACCUGCCCAAGGAGCUGGCCAGCGAUGACUGGCAGGUGCUGGUGGCCCACUUCCUGGGCGUGGAUCACUGUGGACACAAGCACGGACCCAUGCACGAGGAAAUGGCGCGCAAACUGGGCGAGAUGAACGAGGUGAUAAGAGACGUGGUGGCGGCCAUGGACAAUGACACCACGCUGUUGGUAAUGGGCGACCAUGGCAUGACGGCUUCCGGAGAUCAUGGCGGCGACACCGAUGACGAAACCAAUGCUCUGCUGUUUGCCUACUCCAAGCAGCACAGAUUCUAUGGCAAUGAUUCGGGCUCAGAUAGCGAAAUGCUGCAGCAGAUUGAUCUGGUGCCCACACUGGCGACCAUACUCGGCGUACCGAUACCCUACUCGAAUCUGGGCCUGGUCAAUUUCAACAUUGUGCCCGAUUUGCAAGUGCCGCACUUGAACAAGUUCCAGACCCUGCUGCUGCACUCCUGGCAGAAUGCCCAGCAAAUCUAUCGCUACUUCUUCCAAUAUGCUUUGGAGAACAAGCGCACGUUUAAUGUGGAGCAAAUGGACCGACUGGAGACGGAGUUCAUACUGCUCACCCACCGAGUACAGACCGUUUACAACGAGGUGGCCUACAAGUCCUUUGUAAGGGAUCUGAAUACAAAUCUGCGCGACAUUCUUGGCACCUGCCGAGAGAUCUGGGUGAGGUUCGAUCCCACGCAGAUGUCGCAGGGCCUCCUCUUUAGCUUCCUGCCCUUGUUCUUCAUCUUCCUGCUGGUGAACAACUCGCGACCGGCGGACUAUGCGCACAUCUUCAAGGCCAAGGAGGUCUUCUACACGUACCUCAUUAACUUGGCCGCUGGUGUCUUUGGCUACCGCUACUACAAGACUUUCUCCUUCAAGACCGAGGAACAUGGAGUGAUCUUCUUUACGGCCCUGUCAAGUGCCGUCAUCCUGGCAUUCCACACGCUGCGCCACUGGACCAACAUUGCCACCAACUGGUCGGCCGUUAGGCGCUUUGGGCACAUGCCCACGCGUCUGCUGCUUUUUGCCUCCAUGGCUGUGUUCUUCUCGAACAGCUUCGUCAUCCAGGAGGCCAAGAUCUUGUCGUACCUCUUGGCGGCAUCCAUUCUCCUGCUAUCGCACGAACUGCUGCGUCUGAGUGCCCGCUUGGAUUUCAGGACCAAAUUCAAGGCCUCCCAGUUCCUGCGCUCCACCGCUUUAAGAUUGAUCCUGGCCAGCAUUUUGGCGAUAUGCCUGAUACGCUUUGCCUACACGCUGUUCCGUUGCCGCGAGGAGCAGGGCAAUUGCUCGGACUUCGCCAACAGCGGUGGUGCAGGAUUCUCGAUCAAGAAACCGGGCACCGGCAAGACCUACAUCCUGGCCGUGGUUGUUCUCGUGGUGUACACCACACUGACUCGCUUGUAUCUCCGUUCCUGCGGCAACCUGACUGGCAACUCGCCAAACGUAUUGCUGGCUCGUUAUGGACCCACGGUGGCCUCCAUUUGCGCCGGCGGCCAUGUGCUGCUCGCCAACAGCGCCAUCAAGAACAUACAACGCACCCACAUCGAUGCCAUGGCUCUGGUCAUCUACGCCCUACUACUGGUGCAGAUCAUAGUGGUUUCUUGGGCUCCGCUGAUGACCUUCGUGCUGCCCCCCAGAAGUGCUCACACUGUGACCAUCAACGGCAGCGAGAGCAUUGUGCCGGAAAUCUUCCGGAAGAUGAAGCGAAUGUACGAGGGCGAUGACGAUGAGCGGCGCAAUCAGAUCCCGGUGGUAUACGGCUUGGCCACUGUCUACUCCUCCAUUGUCAUUGCCUUUGGCGUCUUCCUGGCCUUGGUGAUGAUCGUCCUCCUGGAACCGCGUGCUUCAAUUGGUUUGAUUGUUUGCGUGGCCGUGGGAGCCAUUCUGCUGAGUGUGCAUGGCAUACUACGUUACCGCACUGCCAGUAGUUUUGAGAGCUGCGUGCAGCCCACUUUUACGGCCCUGGUUGGCUGGUUCCUGUUGGCCCAUUUCUGCUUUUUUGCCACCUCGCAUCAGACGACGCUGUCGCAGAUUGAGUGGCGAGCCGCCUUUGUGGGUCGCACCACUGGCAUCGGGCAGUCGAAUCUUAUAUCCGGCUCUCUGGUGAUCCUAAACACCUUUUGCGGACCCAUUUUCUUCUUCUGCAUGUACUCCCUGCUUAGUACGGAGACUUUCUCGCUGUUUGCCCUGUUUCCCAACCUCAUCCGGAGCUGCAGAAGUGGCGGGAAAGCGGAUGCGAGCACCUCCAUGUCGGAUUUGGCCAACGAGGCGGUUGGCUUUGAUAUGACAAGGGGUGAGCUGACUUUGUACGAGUACGAGGAUGUAUUCCUGGGAGCUGGAUUCAAGCUGGCCACACAGUUCUUUAUGCUGCAGGGACUCAAGAUAUUCUGUGCCAUGAUGGCCUGCACCAUUCACUGUCGCCAUUUAAUGGUUUGGAAGAUCUUUGCGCCGCGUUUCAUCUACGAGGCCCUCGCCACGUUCGUCAGCCUGCCCGCCUUGAUUGUGGGCUAUCUGCUGGUGCUCCGCAUCCAUCGCGCUGUGGACACCCUCAUCAAGCGCAUCAACAAGACCAAGGUCCACUAG